AACGACCUGCAAAAUGCAGACAGUUAAAAUAUGUGUUUGCAGUAUGUACGAGUGUAACUAGUGAGAACUACAUUACCCAUGAUUCAUUUCAGGCCACGUUCUGGUAUUCAGCCAAUGUGUGUUUAAAAUAUUUGAGGGUGUAUUGUAAGCCAAUCAGAACUCACUUUGUUGGGGGGUUGAGAGAAUAACAGGAAGAGGAAAAAAACGGCGCGACGGAGAAGCCAGUUACGUUGGAGCAGCAGAGAGGGAAGGGGCGCACGAGUUUGGUGAAAGACCGCAGACGUCGAGCAGAGAAAACAAAAACUUGAACAUUUUUAGCAAGCUUGCCUAUCAGAGACAGUGGUUGUCGGCACUGGUCGCUGCUUCUGUGCAUCGGAGGAGCUGGAGGAGUUCGCUGGAGGCUCGUGUGUGCAGUUGGGCCGCUGCUGUGCUGCUGCUGCGUCGGCUUCAUCAUCGAUUCGUCGGGAUCUGCGAGAAAAGCUACCUUUCUUCCUGGAGGCACAACCAGGAUCGUUCGCCGUGCUCAGGGAUAAUUGUUUAUUUGUGCACCAGCUCUGGGCCCUAACAAACAAAACCAAGCGCUUGGUAUCACACAUACAACUGAACUUUAAACUAUCAAACUGUGACUGUUGAUCCUGUUAACCACCACACAGUCGGAGCACCGAGCUGCAGAUGCUGCGUUUGGAGAACGUGUCUUUUCUGCACGGAGCUUUUCUACCCAUCUUCCUCGAUGUGUACCUGCUCAACUGGAGAGGUGAUUGGCAGGAGGAGGAGAGUCUGACGGAGGAGCAGAGGAAUGUUGGCAGCCAUUUAGUCUGAGCUCAACAACGGAGGAAACAUGGAUUCUUCACAAAAAAAAUGUAAACGCAGCAAUGGAGUGAGAUGUCGGACCUCUGAGGAGGAUAAGGAUGGUUCGGCAACAACAGCAAAAAGAGAUGAAUCACUGAGUUGUGACCAAUGUGGCAAGACUUUUAUCACAGCAAAAAAGCUAAGAAUUCACAAAUAUGUUCACACUGUGGACAAACCAUUCAGCUGUGAUCAGUGUGGAAAGGCUUUUCCUACCAAGGCUCAGUUAAAAAGCCAUCAACUCAUUCACAGUGGAGUUAAAUCGUUCACCUGUGAUCAUUGUGGAAAGGCUUUUACUCACAAGAGUAAUCUAACAAGACAUCAACUUUUUCACAGUGGAGUUAAACCAUUCAGCUGUGAUCAGUGUGGAAGGGCUUUUAGUCACAAGGAAGGGUUAAGAAGUCAUCAACUCGUGCACAGUGGAGUGAAACCAUUCAGCUGUGAUCAGUGUGGAAAGACUUUUACUCAUAAGUGUAACUUAAAAAGCCAUCAACUCAUUCACAGUGGAGUUAAAUCAUUUAGCUGUGAUCAGUGUGGAAAGGCUUUUACUAAGAAGAGUCACUUAAAAACACAUCAACUCAUUCACAGUGGAGUUAAACCUUUCAGCUGUGAUCAGUGUGAGAAGGCUUUUACUCACAAGGGUAUGUUAAAAAGACAUCAACUCAUUCACAGUGGAGUGAAACCAUUCAGCUGUGAUCAGUGUGGAAAGGCUUUUAGUCAGAAGAGUGCUCUAGCAAAUCAUCAACUCAUUCACAGUGGGGUUAAACCAUUCAGCUGUGAUCAGUGUGGAAAGGCUUUUAUUCUGAAGAGUAAUCUAGUAAAUCAUCAACUCAAGCACAGUGGAGUUAAACCAUUCAGCUGUGAUCAGUGUGGAAAGGCUUUUACUCAGAAGAGUACGUUAAAAAGUCAUCAACUCAUUCACAGUGGAGUGAAAUUGUUCGGCUGUGAUCAGUGUGGAAAGGCUUUUCCUCUGAGGAGUGUGUUAAGAAGUCAUCAACUCAUUCACAGUGGAGUUAAACCAUUCAGCUGUGAUCAGUGUGGAAAGGCUUUUACUCAGAAGAGUCACUUAAAAACACAUCAACUCAUUCACAGUGGAGUUAAACCAUUCAACUGUGAUCAGUGUGUGAAAACCUUUACUCAACAUGAACAGUUGUUGAUCCAUCAAUGCCCCCAUUCUGGUAGAAAGCGGUACCACUGUGACUCCUGUGAAAAAACUUUCAAUGACCAAUGGACCUUAAAACGUCACCAACGCAUCCACACUGGACAGGAUGUGUACGUAUGUGAUUACUGUGGCGAACCAUUUGUAUUGUACUUAGAGUUAAAAGCUCAUGAAGUGACCCACACUGGGGUUAAACCAUACGUUUGUGACCAGUGUGGGAAACGCUACAGCUACAUUGCAAACCUCAAAGUUCACCAACGUGUCCACACUGGGGAGAGACCGUACAGAUGUGACGAGUGUAAGAAGACUUUUACAACUUGGUAUUCCCUGAAACAACACCAGCAGAUCCACACCAGAAAGAAAGCAUUCAAUCAGUGUCACAGUGAGCAGAAUGGAAGAGAUGGACAAAACUCUCAGACUUGUCAGCACUCUGCCAAUGGUGAACAGUGCUGCUUCGACCAGUCUGGAUCAACGUCCAACCAACAAGGAACCCUACAACGACACCAGCGUAUGCACACUGGACACAGACUGAACCCCUGCCAAGAAGAUUUCUCCAUGCAGGGUUCAGUAAAAGUUCAUGAAGUCCUCCACAAGCUUAAAGUCCUUGAGAUCCGGCUUCACAGAAUUCAGGUCUAAUUUUUUUGUUUAGUGUCUUUGUUCCUUCUUUGCAAAAUCCAUUAAGAGGAAAGCUGUUGGUAACGGACGUGACUGGUAAAUUAAUUAAACCAUUCAAAGUGGUUACUCAGUUAAAUUAAUUAUCAGUGGUAGAGGGAUAUGAUUUCUGGAUGGAGGCAGUGAGCAGAGGGGGAAUUUCCUUGAUUACCAGCUUAAUGGUUCCUCAGAUCCCUCUGGGCUGCAGGAACCCGUUAGAUGCAGAGCUGGUUCAGUGAUUCUCUGAUGAUUCUUCAUAAUUAAGUUAGGAGAUUAGUGGCUUUAGUCUGUCUAUCUAAUCUAUCUAUCUAUGAGUUGAAAUAUAAAAACAUGAAGUGUUCUAUGAAAAGUCCAGUCUUUGAAAGCUGACGUAGUUUAGAAUCAUUUCUUUGUAAAUUAGCUGCAUCCAGUCAUUACCAUGACAUUGGCAUCAUGGAACCGUGGCCACAUGUAUGGGUCUGGAGAUAAUGGCAUUUUAAAACGGCACAUUUUCAUUCUUUGACAGAUACAGUGAGGAAAUAAGUUUUCAGACACCCUGAAAAUUUUUACACAGUCUUAAAUAUUAUUGUUGUAGGAAUACUGAAAAGGCCCUGGAAUUCCUCAGCUGAUCAAAACUCAGAUAAGCUGUCCCUCUCCAGCACUGACCAACACCCCUCUCUAUAGGAAGAUUGAGACAUUUGUAUUUCUGUAGGUUUUCAUUCACAGAAGGAUGGAGCUCCUGUGAACAUUUAAACCCCUGGAAUAACUUUUUCUUUUUAAAGACAAUGACUUUCAAUUAUAUGCUAUGGAUGUCUUGUUUAAUGAACUUUCAUGCUAAAAUCCCUUUUCAGCUUUAGGAGACCCUCAGUCGGAGACGUCUCUGCAUUCCACAGAUCAGAUAACAAGUCGUAAAACUUUAUGGCUGAAGGCUGGAGUCACCCUCUCUCUCUCUUUGACUGAAACAAAGAGACUGGAACUGAACUGAAAAAAAGGAACCCUUGCCAAAUUAAUAUUUCUGGAAUGUAUUUUGUGUUUACAGAAUUACCAAUGUCAAUGGAAAUCAUUCAUCGUUAACAUAUCCGAAAAUCACUAUUCUAUCUUUCACAGAAGCUGAUUUAUUAAUUUGUCAUGUUUAAUCUGAUUCCUUCUUUAUUACUCCUAUUUAGGUUGAAAGGAUGAGUUCUUGUGUUUAUCCAUUACCAAAUGUAUGACUUGUUAAAUGUAUGACUGAGAUCUUCACGGUGAUAUAUAUUUCUCAUAUCCAUAAACACAUAGUUAUGAAUGAAAUAAUUCACAUAAUAUGAACAUAUGUAUCAAUCUACACACAUUUCUCUUUCACACAACUGAAAUAUGGUGGAGAGAGACAGAUCGUUUACUGUUCGAACGUCACAUACUCUAUCCAUUUUGGCUCAUUUCCUUUUUCUGGCACUGAAAGUUUCUUUCUCCGCCUCUGACCUUUAUAAGCCUAAGCAGCCCCCUCCUUCUCGCUCUUCUCUUCCUCAUCUGGCCCUGAGAGGCCAACCAAAGUCUCUCUCAUUUUCUCUAUCUAAAGCGCGUUUUUCUUUAUCUUUUUAAGUUCUCUUCCUUUCAGAGUGUUAACUAUUUAUUUCUUCAAUUUUUGGAACAUUAGUCUAGACAUUUUGCUCACGUUAAGCCGAAUUUUAUUCGUUUAAUCUGGAGAACCGAUUCAGAACCAGCAUUUAUUUUUCUUAAUUUUGACAGUUUUUCAUCAAACAUCGGUUUUUCUUGGCUAAGACUGAGAGCCAUCGUUUUUUUUUUUUUUAAAUCAAGCGGCAUUAAACCCAGCGCCAUUCAGCUGUGACCUCCGUAGACCUGUUGGACCAGGUCCAUUUGCACAGAAUCAAUCAACCCGUGGCAGGACAUCCAAGCGUGGCCAUGACGACGACACACUGCUCCGAACCUGCUGCUUCUCUGAAGGCCCGCAAGUCCCAGCCCCAUGACGGUUCACUUCAAGAUCCAGCUGAGUUUGCUCUGAUUCCAUUCUAUGGGCGAUGUACUAACCGCUUGGUCAAUUAAUUCAUUUAAUCAAUUUAUUCUUUUACAAAUCAUUAGAAUUCUUCAUCCAAAUUACCGGUUACCUCGUCAGGUUAGCUCUGGCUAAUCCUCACCAUAUUUCCUUCUCUGUCACACAUACUUCCACAUCUCUCACACACGCACAGACCACACACACACUCCCACAUUCCACACAUGCACACACACACACCAUAUCUACAUUGUCUAUAGUUCACUUGUCAUUAUUUUCAUAGAAUAGUUAAUAAAUACCUCAUUUUAGAUCAAA